GAGGAGGGGGAGGAGGAGGAAGGGGAGCAGGAGGAAGGGGAAGAGGAAUAGGCAGAGGAGUGGGGGCCGGAGCAGGUGCUGGAAUUAUCGGUGCUGGAGUUAUUGGCGGGUCAACCGCCUAUCACGGGAGUCAUCGCUCCAAUAGUUCUGCACCAUCAUUAUCUGCAGGGCCUUAUGUUUGUGUCUCAACAUUUCUUUUAUGUUUGAGCUUUUGGCUUUAAUUACAUUGUUUCACUUCCACUAGUUUAGUAUCAUGUUAUGUAGCUUUUGUAUAGGCCUACAUUAAUACUAUGUUUAAUGUAUACGCUGGUCACAAUUAAAAACAUGUUUGCUUGUUGAUUAUAGUUUGUGUCCUCUGCCGGAAUGCUAUCAAUUUAUAAUGUCAUCGAUGGUAUCAUUUAGAAAUGUAGUGUGAUUAUAUGUAUAAAUCUCUGCAAAUAUAUGUUAAGUUUGAACGUGUGACUUUUGAGGUUGAAAUUCUAGAGAGAACAUUUGGUUAUUUACUGACAAUGUUUACUUUGUUUUGGCAAGAUAAACUGUUUUAUCUAUGUUAAAUCUUUUUACUAUGCAUUCAGCUUGCUGGAUUAUAAAAAUUCAAAGUGAGAAAUAAGAAUACAAACGAACGAAAACAGGUUGGCCUCCUCAGAACUUUUCACACCAUAGGCCUAGGGACUCCACCAUCCCCCAAAAAAGAACAACUGCUAUUUCCUCGUCUUAGGAACUGGUGCAUUUUUCUUUGCUUUUUUGGCAAUCUUGCUCUCCUAGUUGCUUCUCAUUUUAGCCAGGUUGCACUUGCACUUGCAGGAGUAUUGGUUCAUAGGACACGCUAGAGAGCUUAAGAUCAAAACAUAAAGCUCAAAGAUAGUUCAAGCUUUGGAAAUUCGUUUGAAUUUUUUUGUGGUGAACAGUUUUUUAAGCCAUUUUCCUAAUCCUUUAGUCAAUGUUUCAAGCUCUAGCAGUCCAUCAACAUUUGAAGCACAAAUAGAAUGGAUUCAAGUCUGUUUUAGGAGGAUCAACUUACAACAUAAAUGUGCCUUAAAUACAAUAUGCAACUGUCUCUGUAUUCCUCCAUAGCAAAAUGAUGGGGCCAUCAAUGAUAUUGGAGAAAGUCAUUUGUCCGAACAGUAGAAGUAACAAAGUCAUUUGCAGAAAAUGAAACUGUGUCACAUUUUCCUAUUUCACUUUCUGUCAAUGAAACAGUCAUGAGGUUGGUUAGAGAACAAAGACAUCCUUUGGUUACUCUUGACAAUAAAGUAGUGCCAAAAUGAACUAGUUGCUUCAACAGUUGACAUUUAUUGCAGAGAAUUACAAAUACAACUUCAGAACUCAUGAUCAAUAGAGAGUUAGAGGAUAUUCUCAGUCAUGCUUUUAUAUGUAUUUACCCUUCUAGUUUUGAUCAAUGGCUUGAACCUGAGUUGAGCCUGAAAGACGAAGACGAUCAAAUAAGUACCAAGCAAAGCAGUCAAUAGGGUCUAAUAUGAAACGAGUCACGACUAAUAGAUCUGUUGUUUUGUUAACAUUAGAAAAGUAGGAUAACUCUUGAUCAUUAUUAGUUAUAUAUGUUAGUUAACUAUGUUAGUUAGUUCCGUUACUUUAUUUUAUGUGUUAGUUGAGGGUUAGUUAUUGUUAGUUAUUCCUUUCCUUACCAAUUGAUCUAUGUUUAAAUUUGGAACCUGAUAUCACUUAUUAUAAUUAACCUUCAUUCAGUCAAUAGAGUAUCAUUCAUAACUUUCUUUCAUCUUGUAAUGUUAUGGUAUUAUCACGAGCUCAAUUUGAGAGUAUCAUCUUUAUCAACAAUGGCAAGAAACAAUUCUUCCUUGGGAUCUGAUGACACUCUAUUCACUCAAGAACAGCUCGAGAGCAUUGAACAGGUUUGUUUUACUACAGCAGAUAAAUCAAUAGGCAAACAUUCUGUUAACAAGUGCAGUUCACAUUCUAGACAAACAUAUUGGAUAUUAUAUUUGAACACCAAUUAACUUGUUGAUGGCCUCUACUAUCUCAAAGGAUCACAUUUUAGUGUAACUAAUUAUAAUGAUGCUAGUGUAAACAAUGUUAAAGUUAGUACUAUACCACAAUCUGCUUUGUAGCAUUUUAGGAUCACAUUUUUAGCAUUUUUAAAGUUAGUGGAACUGAUUUGUCUCUAUAAUUCAAGUUCUAGAGGGUGCAACAUAUGCUGUGAAUGAAUUACCACAAUUCAUCGCAAAAUAAAACGAGUUCAGUAACAUGGAUCCUGCUGAUAAGUGAUACCAUUACACUAGAUUCCAUUAAUGACAGCAGGCCAACAAAUGAUAGUGCAAGAAGGUACACGCAUGCGAAACACAAACUUUUGGAUGAAGUUUCAAGUUUUUUUUGUUGUUGUUAUUAGCCUAGUGGCCAACUCACAUGGGGAGGGGAAAGUGAGGAGAUUUGGGACCAGGAUACCACAUGAAAUGUCCUCGCAUCCAAACUACCAGGUUGUAACAACGAGGACAUGAUGAAGUUUCAAGUUAAAAUUAGAAAGGAAUAAAAAGAAAGUUUUUGAUUAGGAGGAAAGAAUUCUCUAGGUUUUCUUGGUUGAAGAUUAUACAGGUCAAAAACCUCCACAAGACACAUAGGAUUUUAAUAAAAACUCAUGAAUAUCAAUGGUGUAAAUGUUUUGAAACUUAAGGGACUUACAUGGGAAACAAACAAAUUGAAAGAAAUGCUAAAGUACUUUGGCAUGUAACUUAGAGGUCCACAUUAGUGCCCCACAGAGAUUUCCUCCCCUUAUCAUAAAUGCUAUGGACAUAUAGGGCAAGUCAUUUUCUACUCAUUCUGUCUCCACUUUCAUACUUUUCCUCACCCUCCACGUUUUCUCACCCUUUUGCUUCACACUUAAAUCCUAAUAGUUUGCAAAGAAUCACCACUCCCUUUGCCAACCCCUUAGUUCUAACAUGAAGGUAGUAUUUCUUGCAACUUUUCUACUGUUCAUUUCAGGUGUUGUAGCCAUAUCAAAUGAAGAUUUCAAUAUGAAUUUUACUUCAGAAGGCAAAAGCAUUAUCCAAAGCAAUGAACAAGCACAUGAGCUUAUUGGGAACAUAGAUGGAAAUGGAAACAAAGGAGUCUCUACAAGGGUGAAUCACAAAGUUGUGUUUAUGGAACGUAUUAAUGAGCACAAACAUGAACUAUCUGUUACUGUAAGAAAAGGAGGCGGUGGGAAGGGAGGAGGGGGACGAGGAGGAGGAUUCGGUAUAGGAAGAGGGGCUGGAGCUGCUGCUGGAGUUGUCGUCGGUGGAACUACUGCUGGAGUUGUCGGCGAAGAAAGCAUCAAUCACGGGCCACGUCAUUCUCAUAAUUCUGCAGCAUCAUUUUAUGCAGGGACUUAUUUUUGUUUCUCAACAUUUAUUUUAUGUGUAAUCUUUUGGCUUUAAUUACCUUGUUUCACUUCCAGUAGUUAAGUAUCAUGUUAUGCCACAAUUAAGAACAUGUUUGCUUGUUAAUUAGUUUGUGUCCUCCACCUUAGUGCUAUAAUCUCAUCCAUAAUUUUAUUAAGAAAUGGUAGUAUGAAUAGAUGUAUGAAUCUUUGCAUGUUGCUGGGGUAAAAGAAAUAGAACAUUGUCUUUGUAAUUUAA